AUGUUUCACGGAGUAAGCGUGGUCCCUGGGCAUACUGAGAGUUCCAGUGGUCUGAGCACGACCACAUCUACAGCUGCAACUCCAGUCGCUAGGAUACCACAGGAUAACUUAUUAAUUAGCAUUCCAGCAGCAGAGAUCAAUGCCAAAUCAUCCGAAAAGGUCUCCAGGCUAUUGACUGUGCUGAAAGGCUCACCGGCCAGGGAUAAUCCCAUUGCGGAUGCUUCUACGCCAACUUCUACUCCUGCAGCCAACGACGAGGACACAACCUUCGAUUGUUAUUCCAUUUACGGCGAUGACUGUUUCCUUGUACCCGAUUCGAUUGGACCCAGACUCAGUGCCAAGCUGCUGAAAAUUCUAGCGCAGUCCUAAGCCGCCGAUUCUAUGUACAAUAUGUACGAUCAAACGAUCAAUUGUAAAUGCACAAAUUUGAAUGUUAUUUUCCAAAAUAAACAAAAAAAU